UCAAGACAUUCCACAUUCUCCACCGGACAAAGAUCAUCGUUUCUUCAUGUCGGAAUCUUCACCGGAAAUCGAGCUCGACAGCAAUCCAGGCAAGGAAUCAACUGAGAACAUCGGAGUCAACGCCGCCGAUGAAGGAUCCACAGAUUUGCUCGCCGAUUUGGUGCUGUGGAGAAGAAAAGCUCUCAACGCCGUUGUCCUUACCACAGCCACCGCCGCCUGGGUACUAAUCGAAAUCUACCAUUACAGCCUCGUCACUUUGCUGUCCUGGGCCGCCAUGGCCGCCGUCUCCUGCCUCUUCUUCUGGGGAACUCUCCACCGCCUCUUGAAGAAGGAGGCUCCCGACCUGUCGGAGCUGGAAAUCAGCGAGGAAACAGCCGUGGCGACCGCGGAAUCCGUUCGCCGGCGAGUCGAGACGGAUCUCCGGCGGAUCGUCCGCGCCGGCGCCGAGGGAGAAUGGUUCGAGUUCGGAGGAACGUUGCUUUGUCUCUACUUGAUCUCAGAGAUUGCAAGACGCUUCGAUUUUCUUACAGUCUCUUACAUAGGUUUGGUCGGAGGGAUGAUCAUACCGCCGGUUUAUGUAAAGAACCGUCAGAGGAUAGGGUGGUUGGGAGAUCAACUGAAGAUCAAAUGGCGAAGGCUGUCGGACAUGGGAGAGGAGAAGUUGCAGAAAUUUAAGAGCAAGAUGGUUGGGAAAGAAGCUAAGGAGAAGAAGACCGAGUAGAUAGAUGAUACUACAUCUUCAAUAGAAUUUGCUUUGUACUUGUAAUAAUAAUUACACUUUAUUGUUGUCAUAAAAAAGUAAAUAUAAACUUUUAACGAAUAAAUUAAAUAAAAUUAUAAAGUUAGACACAA